CGAACUUCAGUAUCGUAUGUUGACUGUGACAUGGAACUUUCGGAAAUUAUUAAAAGCUCUGUUAGUCGAAGAUGAUACAUUCUCGGUUCACCUAAGAUGGGUCGUAUACUUGUAUAAUUGUGCGUUGAUAAUUAUUUCAAUAUUCGACUAAGAUUUGAGUUAAAAUCUGACUAAGUUUGGAGAAUGUUAAUUCAUAUCUAGUUGAGACCAUGAGUGCAACUUUUAACACUUCACUAAAAGUCCCGAUAGUCUAAAAAAGGAUUGUUUGCUGCACUAAGAUUUAUGGCCUUGAAGAACAGCAGACUUUUGAAACAACAACAACUGUUGAUGAAUAUUUCAAGACCCGAAUUGGAUUUAAGUCGAAAAUAGCAACAUUUUGAGAAAUAAUAGAUAAAUAUUGUGAAUAAAAUCACGAGUGAGCCUCCGAAAGCUCUGCAACAGCAGAUCUAAAGAAAUUUGUUAAUUACGAGUAGCGCAACCGCGUACACGAACGGCCUUACUAUUUUUGUUUUGUUUUUCAAAUAAUUUUUCUCAACUAUAUUGUCAACUAUAAUCCAUUCAGGGAGUUUUAAUAUUUCUGCUAUAAAUCCACGCAAUGUUUAAACGAGUCUCAAACAGUAGCUCCCUUGCAUUCAAGAUGCAAAGACAUCUCAGUAAAUUAACGCUGGUAGUACUCGUGUUGUGCUGUGCGUACAGCGUACAGUGCGAAAUCACAAUUCUUCCCGACACGCUCUACUACAACAUAACGACAACGCCACGUGCCGAUCUCUUUUAUCUGCACCAUCAGCGUCAAUUCGGAACCAAUAUGAAAGAACUCGAACAGAGCUUGGUUGACUUCAGGGCCAAAUAUUAUGCACGGCUCGACGUUAUCGCCUACAAUGUAGAAGUGUUGGAAACCAAAUUGGAGGAGGUGGACAACAAGUUGAAUCCGCUCGUGCUGCUGGACGACAUCAAUGAUUAUUGUGUGCAUAAAUAUCGCGCCAAAUUGCCGCAGAUCGCACAGUUAACCGUCAAAAUGAAGGAAUGCACGCUGAAAGGCAACAAUGCAUACUCGGGUCUUGUGUCGGGUGCGGAGGCGACUGUGCGAAAUUUGAAAAGUUACUACACCAGCAAUUUUGCAACGGCUGUGAAUGACUGCAAGAAGAAGCAUACGGGACAUUUCACCGAGAGCAAAUACACGCAAUGCAUAUUGACGGCGGGGACGAAUGCCGCCACGAAGACCUACGCCGAUACGAAUGUCUUUGAAAAUCAAAUGAAGGCGGCCGAAUGCAAUGCGGAUAUGAAAAUACGUGAAGUCUUCGAUUGCUAUAAUUUGCAAGUGCUUUCGACGUUCGAGACCAUUGGCGAGGUUAAGACCCUGGUGGAGAACUGUAUUGCCGGUCACGAAUUCUGUCCAACUUGUGGCGAUGAUGCGGCGCUUAGUAAAGGUCGUUGUCCCUAUCACAUGAGCUGGCAUCUGGCCGAUAGCGAUUUGUCGAGCGAGAAGAUAAAUAAUCCAUUUAAGGGAAUCACGAAAACGACACCCUGUUUGCAAGUGAAUUUCAUUACUAAGGGUAUUGCGAUAAAUUAAGUUUUAUAUUAUGUGUAAUGUAGUUCUAAUUUGUACUCAGAUUUUUGUUAGUUGCAAAACUGAAUGUGGAUAAUUAAGCCUAUUUUUAUAAAAAAAAGAAAUACAUAUAUGAAAACAA